GACGUGACGUCAGUGGCAGCUGAGACAAGAUGGCGCAGGAGAACGUCUUCUUGUUUGUGCCCAACCUGAUUGGUUACGCUCGCAUCGUCUUUGCAUUCGUUGCUUUUUACUUCAUGCCGACCUCCCCCAUUAUGGCCUCUACCUUCUACCUUCUGAGCGGCUUGCUGGACGCCUUCGAUGGACACGCUGCUCGGCUGCUGAAUCAGGGUACAAAGUUUGGAGCCAUGCUGGAUAUGCUGACAGAUCGAUGUGCCACCAUGUGCCUACUUGUCAACUUGUCCCUUCUCUACCCUUCCUACACAUUACUCUUUCAGCUUAGCAUGAGCCUGGACAUCGCCAGCCACUGGCUGCACCUUCACAGUUCCAUUCUAAAGGGCAGUGAGAGCCAUAAAACCAUCAACCUGGCUGGGAACCCAGUGCUCCGUCUCUACUACACCUCAAGGCCGGUGCUGUUCUUCAUGUGCGCUGGGAAUGAGUUGUUCUACUGCAUGCUGUAUCUCCUGCACUUCACAGAGGGACCUUCAGUCAUCCUGGGUCCCAUUGGUGGCAUUGGUUUGUUUCGUCUCAUCGUCUGGCUCUGCUGCCCAAUCUCUCUCCUCAAGUCUCUCAUCAGCCUCAUCCAUCUGGUCACUGCUUCCAGCAACAUCGCCUCCCUGGAUUGUGCUGAACGAUCCAAAAAGAAAUAGGGGGGCAUCUCCUUGUCAUAUAUGUGACCAUAGCAAUACUGUAAUCCGUUAUUAUUCUUGAAUGGGGCAAUAUUUAGGAAUUCUACCCUCAGCAGGACACACUCUAAUGUUUAAGUUCCACAAAAUCCCAGACCAACUGUAGGUCUCAAGAUCUGACUCAGGGCCAAAGCUUCUAGCUCUUGGAUUUAUAAUGGAGACGACUACUGCAUUGUGGCAUCACACCCCCUUAUGUUGCCCCCUUUUAUAGGGUGGUUUAUUUUGGCACAACUACGUUAUUUGCUGAACUAGGUUCUAAUGGAAGCAGUUAAGGGUCACGAGACAAAUCAGGGAAUGAGGGAAAAGCACUAAUUGUUCCACUGUAAAACAUUUUUUAUUCUCGUUAAAAAUUGAAAUGUGAUUUUUUUAUUUGAUGUUAUUUAUUCAUUAUUUGGUUCAUUUACUGAUUUUUUUUUUAUUAUAUAUAAUACUUAGGGCACAAGUGUUGCUCAACUGCCAAGAAAAGAUGGUGGCACUGGUGGGUAAGGAUAACUACAGCAGGUAUUGGGGCAGUUCAGUAGUUACAUGAUAUUUUAUGUUCUUAUUCAGUAUCUCCUGUUCUUAGAAUGAACCAAUAUACUGUCAGCUGGUCUGCACGGCCUCAUUAGAUUGCAUUAUGUUAUCUCCGUUUACUUUCAAGGACCAGUAAUCCCAACUAAAAUGUAUGCCUUGCAUUUUACAGUAGUCAUUGCUGAUCUGUCGUGUAUUUACUGCCCAGCCCUUUAGUCUUAGAGCUGCUGCCCAACAGAUUUUGCAAUGUCUGCAACGGAUUAUUUAUUCCAGUCUGAUAUUCAAGCCACCGCCUGGUUGCUAGCAGUGGUGACCCUGGCAAUCAGAUAAUGAUUUCAGUGCCAAAUUGGAGCAGUAGGAACCAAUUAGAAAAAACUAAAUGAUGAGGACCAGUAGCAAAUCACAGUCUCUGUCACAUAUCAAGGGCUACGGAACAUGUAGCCUUUCCAUCACUGCAACUUAGUAGCACCACAAACAGAGUGCAGAGAAUGGCAGCCCGUAUCCCUUAGUAGGGAACAGCCCACUCCAUUUUGAUUGUUGCUAAAUGCGCCAUAUGCAUCAACAGGAACUUGCCUUGAGGGUUGAAAUCCAGAAUCGUUUUUCGUCGGAUCGUCGCCCGGCGACAAGUCGGAUGGAGUCGCACAUGUCAAAAUAAUUGAACUGAAUGAAAAGUCGGAGGUAACAACUACAUGGUCCGACUGUCGGAUGAAGAUGCUGCUUUCUGUGUCCACAUCUGGGAUAUAAUGUUGUUUUUACCUGUGACUUUUCAUUCAGUCCAAUUAGAAUCUUGACGGCUGCAUCUCCAUUUGACUCGUCGAGUCCGCUUUGUCGCCGGGCAACGAUCUGACGAAAACCGCCUGUGAAGUUCUGCCCUUAAAGGGCCAGCAACUUCUGAUGGGACCACACCUGUAAGGGACGUGUACCAGAGUGUAAUCCUAUACCCUUGUAUCACUGUAAAUACAUUUGAAGUUGUAGCAUUAUAUCUGUUUACACUUUUCUUAUUCAAUUCAUGCAGCUGGACAGUUAAAGCAAUAUUAACGUAUUACAACACGGAUCCUGUAAUGAGAUGCACAUUCUGAACUUUUCAAAAGUAUUAUAUUCUGAAAUGAGAACAGAAAUGGAAAUUUCCAUGCUUUUAUUUCCUUUUGUGGCUGUACCAAAUCAGUAUGUGGAGCAGGAGGGCAGACUGACAGGUGUGAAACACUGGCAUUUGUAAUAGGUUGUUUCUUUCCCUUAGAAAUCUACUGGGAGCUAUUUAGAUAUAACUUGCUGAUGUGAAUAAUAGAUUAUUUACUGUAAUUUAUCUGUGCAAUGUGUAUCCUCAUAUAUGUGCCUGUGCAGAGCACAGUAUAUAUUCACAUACAUGUUAUUUUCAUGUAGUCUACCACAAGCUAUUAUCAGUUGAAUGUGUUCCCUUUCAGAUCAGCCUGAGUGUUAAUAUCAUUGAUCCUUUAAUAGUCGGUGGUUGUAAUUGGGUGGUUACCAACUGGUUGCUUUAUCUUAUUUGUUUUUGGAUCUGCUCCUCUUUGUACCUCCUAUGGUUCUAAUCCAAAUACCUCUGCAAUAAUAAACCUAUUAUAAACAU